UCUAUUCCAUCAUCAUUCCGAUCUUUUCACUCCUCACAAAGACAGACUCUCUUGUUUAAUUUUCUUAAAAAAGAAAACAUAAUUUCUCACUAACCUUGUUUUUUUAAUAAACGUCCUCGGAUUUUGGUUAAAAAUACAAUCAAUGUGUAUUUAAUUCGUGGCAAAAAGCCAUAAUUAUAUAUAUAUAUAUAUAUAUAUAUAUAUGUAUGUAUCAACACGUUACCCAUCACAAAUAAACACAACACUCUUCUCUUCCUUAACUCCUUGUCUGUAUUUUUUUUUUCUUCUACUCUCAAAUAUCACUUCUCUCCCAAAAAAAAAAACUCACAUUUAAAAAAAAAAUGGUUCAAUCUGCAAAGAGCCAUGACCGACAAGCUUUCGCCGUGGACAUGCCACCGUCCGGCGGAUCCGAGAUAUUCGACGACGACGGUCGGCACAAACGAACCGGGAGCGUAUGGACGGCGAGCGCGCACAUAAUAACGGCGGUGAUAGGGUCGGGGGUGCUGUCGUUGGCGUGGGCCACGGCUCAGUUGGGAUGGGUGGCCGGACCGGCUGCCAUGCUGUUGUUCUCUGCCGUUACUUAUUUCACUUCCACUCUCCUCUCCUCUUGUUACCGUUCCGGCGACCCUCUCUCCGGCAAGCGGAACUACACUUACAUGGACGCCGUCCGUUCCAACCUAGGUGGUGUGAAGGUGAAGCUAUGCGGACUUGUUCAAUAUCUGAAUCUUUUCGGCGUGGCGAUUGGAUACACCAUUGCUUCGGCUACAAGCAUGAUGGCAAUAAAGAGAUCAAAUUGCUUCCACAAGAGCAGAGGCAAGAAUCCAUGCCGAAUGAACAGCAACCCGUACAUGAUCGCAUUCGGAGUCGUGGAGAUCAUAUUCUCGCAGAUUCCAGACUUCGAUCAGCUCUGGUGGCUGUCCAUUCUCGCCGCCGUCAUGUCUUUCACCUACUCCUCCGUCGGUCUCGCCCUCGGCAUCGCCAAAGUCGCGGAAAAUGGGAAAUGGAGAGGGAGUCUGACUGGGAUUAGCGUUGGGAGAGUGACGGAGACACAGAAGGUUUGGAGAAGCUUUCAAGCUCUUGGAGACAUCGCCUUCGCCUACUCUUACUCCAUCAUCCUCAUUGAGAUUCAGGACACAUUGAAAUCUCCACCGGCGGAGGAGAAGACAAUGAAGAAGGCGACGCUCGUAAGCGUGGGAGUGACGACGUUGUUCUACAUGCUGUGCGGUUGCAUGGGUUACGCCGCAUUCGGAGACAUGUCCCCUGCCAACCUCUUGACCGGUUUCGGUUAUUACAACCCUUUCUGGCUCCUUGACGUCGCCAAUGCGGCCAUCGUGGUUCACCUUGUCGGGGCGUACCAAGUCUAUUGCCAGCCCUUGUUUGCCUUCGUCGAGAAGCAAGCUUCGGCUAGGUUUCCCGGCAACGAGUUCAUCGCAAAGGAGAUCAAAAUCCCCGUCCCGGGCUUCAAACCCUACAACCUUAACCUCUUCAGGUUGAUAUGGAGGACGGCUUUUGUGAUCAUAACAACCGUCAUCUCGAUGCUUCUACCGUUCUUCAACGACGUGGUGGGACUGCUCGGGGCAUUAGGGUUUUGGCCGUUGACGGUGUAUUUCCCGGUGGAGAUGUACAUCGAGCAGAAGAAGAUACCCCGAUGGAGCACGAGAUGGGUUUGCCUCCAAGUCUUCAGCUCUGCCUGCCUGGUCGUGACGGUCGCAGCGGCUGCUGGCUCUGUUGCCGGAGUUGUUCUCGAUCUCAAAUCCUACAAGCCGUUCCGAACCGAUUACUGAAACUUUCUGUUCGGUCCGAAUUCGACGACGGGAUCAAGAACAUGUCCACCAGUUGUCCGAAAGAACUUUGCAGAUAAAACAGCAGAGGCUGUUUUUGUUUCUCUUUUUCUUCCCUUUGAUGCGUGUGAUAUCUAUCUGAUGCAGAAUGGGCAAAGAAUAGAAGCAAAAUGUGCGUAUCUAACUUAAUGGAUAGAACUUAGAGA